CGAAUUUCAAAAGCUGGAGGGGGAGUAGCGACACAAGUCUACAUGCUCUUUCUCUGGUUCCCCUUUCCUCGUUUUCUCUGUGCAUCUUAGCUGAGUCUCUCUCAUCACUCUCUCUGUGUUUAUAGUUAUAUGUAUGUAUAUACGUAGGGAUCGAACUUCGUUGAUUCAGGUCAAUCUGCUACAAUUUUCGACUAACAUUUUUGCGGAUUUUGGCAUAAAUCUGAGCUAUUUUAACGACAGUGUUUCCGAUUUUUGAUUCUAUGUUCAGACGAUAAUGAUUUUGAAUUUGCCGGGAUUUGUGAAAUUUUUGUGAUUCUCGGAGAGAAAUCAGUGAAUUUGAGUUCAUUUAUUGGAAUCUUGAAUUUUUUUUUUGAAUUUGUUUGGGCGUUUUUUGGAUUUUGAACUUGAAGUUGAUGGAGCAAAGCGAAGGAGGGGAUUUACCUCCAGAAAAGGCUCAAUCGGGCACCCCACUGUCGAUGGCGACCUCGGAUUUUCCAGGUAAGAGGCUCGCGAGGCAGUUGGAUUUCACCGGCUUCGGUGGUGCUUCGUCGGCAACUGUUGUGCUGCCGGAGCACCCUCAGCAUCCCGCGACUCAUCCGCUGCCGCCACCAACACAGCCGCAGACGAGCGCACAGAUGCAGCCGCCACUGCAGCAGCUACAGUUGAUGCCGACGCAAUCUCAGACACCUCAUCCUCCGAUACGCCCCGUAAAACCAGAAUCUCCAAGAACAAGAACAAAGCAAAAUGCCGAAGCAAAAGAUGGUACUCCGAAGAAGCAAAAACAGCAAAAACAAUGCAAUUGUAAACACUCAAGAUGCUUAAAAUUGUAUUGUGAGUGCUUUGCAUCUGGAAUAUACUGUGAUGGAUGCAACUGUGUAAAUUGUCAUAAUAAUGUUGAAAAUGAGGCGGCCAGACGAGAAGCUGUUGAAGCUACUUUAGAACGUAAUCCAAAUGCAUUCCGACCAAAAAUUGGUAACAGUCCUCAUGCAGCUCGGACAAUUAGGGAGGAGGUUGGGGAAGUUUUAGUGUUGGGAAAGCACAACAAAGGAUGCCAUUGCAAGAAAUCAGGGUGCCUUAAAAAGUACUGUGAAUGCUUCCAAGCCAACAUUCUCUGCUCUGAAAACUGUAAAUGCAUGGACUGCAAGAAUUUUGAAGGAAGUGAAGAGAGGCAGGCUCUCUUUCAUGGUGAUCAUGCCAAUAACAUGAUGUAUAUCCAACAGGCAGCAAAUGCUGCCAUUACUGGUGCUAUUGGAUCCUCUGGUUAUGGAUCCCCUCCGGUUUCCAAGAAAAGAAAAGGUCAGGAGCUCUUCUUUGGACCAACGGCUAAAGAUCCAUCUGUUCAUAGGCUUGCACAAUUUCAACAGCAGGCAAAUUAUAUGAAAGCUUCUACACCCUCUACCCUUUCUUCAGUUCCUGUUGCUCGAGCUAAUAACAUGGCGGCAUUAGGCCCUUCAAAAUUUACAUACAGAUCUCUGUUAGCAGACAUCAUCCAACCACAAGACCUGACGGAGCUGUGCUCAGUUUUGGUUUUAUAUUCAGGAGAAGUUGCCAAGACAAUUGCAGAUAAAAGAAAUGUAACAGAGAAUCAGGCCGAAGAUUCAAUGGAAACUGCCCUUGCUUCAUCAACUCAAAACAGCUUACAGGGCCAGAAGGAACCAAAUGUUAAAGCCGUGGGAGAUGAUUGUUCAAGUGGGAACCAGGCUGAGAAAAUAGGCCCAGAGGAGUGCAGUUCAGAUGGCGCUGAUGUCUCAAAAGGAAGGCCGAUGUCUCCUGGAACGCUAGCAUUGAUGUGUGAUGAACAAGAUACGAUGUUCAUGGCUGCUUCUUCCCCUAAGCUAAUGGGUCAUGGCUGCAACACAUCUUCUCAGGUGCCUCAUAGGCAAGGCAUGACUGAAGCCUAUGCAGAGCAAGAAAGGAUUGUAUUGACAAAAUUUCGUGAUUGUCUUAAUAGGCUCAUCACUUUAGGAGAAAUAAAAGAAGCAAAGUGUUCUUCAUUGGCCAGAACCGAAUCAGGUGGUCAAGCAGACGCAGUUAGUAAUUGCACUGUAAAUACUAGAACAGAAAGAAGGAAUCAAGAGGAACCCUACAGCAACGGUGUUGCAAAUUCUGCUGUUCCACCUACACCCAAAAUGUCACAAAUGGUUAUUACAGCGGCUGCUACGUCUAACAAUGAUAAGCUUACAAAGAUUCCGUCCCCGGCCGAAAAUGGAAAUAUAAAACCAAAGACUGAAAAAUAGAUGUAAAGAUUUAGAAAAGAGGAUUGGCCACAGGUAUGCGACUGCAUCUCUGUAAUAUUAAGCCAUUUUUCAUGUUGGCUUGUCUAUGAUGCAGUGGCAAGAUUAUACGGGGGCCAUUGUUAGCUGACUAGGAUCUGAUCCAUUUCUUACAUAAUUUCAUGCUAUAUUUUUUUCAAAUUGAUUUUCUAGUCUCAUUUACUAUUUAUUAACAGGUUGCGCAAAAUGCAGAGCCUUGUAAAUUCUGAGGAUAUUCUCCAUGCCAAUGACCAUCUUACCUUGUAUUACUAUACGCAAAAAUUAUUUUUGUCAGUUUUGUCAAUUCACAUUGUUUAGUAACAAGGAGCAGUUUAAUGAAUUUUUAUGGUUUAUCAGUUAAUUCCAUUGCAAGAAUAAUUUUGGAUAAUACUUAUUUUGUUCGUUAUUAUAA